AUGGAUCCAAAAGUAAAUGACGAAUUUGCUGAGUGGUUGAACAUGAGAUAUGGUUCGAUCCAGGCAUGUAAAAUCGUCAGAGGAAAGAUACACAGAUAUCUUGGAAUGACUUUGGAUUUCUUGGUGAAAGGAAAACUCAAAAUCCGCAUGGACGACUAUGUCAAGAACAUGUUGGAAGAUUUUCCUGUCAAGUUCAACAAGGAUUCAAAGCAGGAAACACCAGCUGGUAACGAUUUACUGGAAGCUGGGAAAGGAAAGUUACUCAAUGCUGAGUACCGUCAAAUCUUUCAUACUACUGUUGCAAGGGGACUUUAUGUCUCUAAGAGAGCUCGUUUGGAUAUCCAUCCAACGAUUACUGUUCUUGCCUCAAGAAUUUGA